CCGAGUCCCUGCUUCCGCCCCUGCCAGCCCCCAGCGCCCCGAUCGUCACAAGUCAAACCAGUUUUGGCCUGAUUGGGUGUCGCAGCCAAGUGAUCGGCACGGUAGCAGCGGCCACCAUGGCGAUGGGGAUGCCGUAUGGCCUCCAGUCCAUGCUCAAGGAGGGGCACAAGCACCUGUCGGGGCUGGAGGAGGCGGUGCUGAAGAACAUCGAGGCCUGCAAGCAGCUGGCGCAGAUCACGCGCACCUCGAUGGGGCCAAACGGCAUGAACAAGAUGGUGAUCAACCACCUGGAGAAGCUGUUUGUGACCAGCGACGCGUCCACCAUCACCGCGGAGCUCGAGGUGCAGCACCCGGCGGCCAAGCUGCUGGUGAUGGCGGCGCAGGCGCAGCAGCAGGAGAUUGGCGACGGCACCAACAUGGUGCUGUCGUUUGCGGGGGAGCUGCUGGCCAACGCGGAGCCGCUGCUGCGCGACGGGCUGCACCCCACCGAGAUUGCAGAUGGCUACGCCAAGGCGGGAGCCAAGGCGCUGGAGAUACUGGACACGCUGGUGGUGGCAGGCACGGACACGCUGGAUGUGCGGGAUGCGGCAGCGGUGGCGCAGCGCAUCAAGGGCUCCGUCAGCAGCAAGCAGUAUGGGUAUGAGGACCUGCUGGCGCCCAUCAUCGCAGAGGCCUGCAUCGAUGUGGUGCCCAAGAACCCUCACAACUUCAAUGUGGACAACGUAAGGGUGGUGAAGAUCAACGGCGGCGGGCUCCACGACAGCCACGUGGUGAAGGGCAUGGUGCUGAAGCGCGGCGUGGAGGGCAGCAUCAGCCGCGUGGCGGAUGGCAAGGUGGCGGUGUACGCACAGGGCGUGGACACCAGCAGCACAGAGACCAAGGGCACGGUGCUUAUCCGCAGCGCAGAGGAGCUGGAGGGCUACAGCCGCAGCGAGGAGAACCGGAUUGAGGAGAUCAUCAAGAGCAUUGCGGAUGCGGGGGUCAAGGUGGUGGUGGGUCACCAGGCGUUUGGCGAGAUGGCGCUGCACUUCCUGGAGAAGUACGGCGUGAUGGCCGUCAAGAUCCCAUCCAAGUUUGACCUGCGCCGCUUCUGCCGCGCGACAGGUGCCAAGGCGCUGGUCAAGCUGCAGGCGCCGCAGGCCGACGAGCUGGGCUUUGCCAAGCAGCUGGUGGAGCAGGAGAUUGGGGGCACCAAGUGCAUCGUGCUGCAGCAGGACAGCAGCCUAGGCAACAUCAGCACGGUGGUGCUACGCGGCAGCACCGACCAGAUGCUGGACGAUGUGGAGCGCGCCGUGGACGACGGCGUCAACAGCUACAAGCUGCUGGGCAAGGACGCGCGCGCGGUGCCCGCUGGCGGCGCCACGGAAAUCGAGAUUGCCCGCCAGCUGCAGCAGUUUGGGCGCAAGGAGACGGGGCUGGACCAGUAUGCCAUCAUGAAAUAUGCCGAGGCGCUGGAGGUGGUGCCCCGCACCAUUGCGGAAAACAGCGGGCUCUCCGCCACCGACGCGCUGGCCGCGCUGUACAGCGCGCAUGCGGGCGGGCAGGCGGCCGCUGGGCUGGACGUGGAGACAGGCGAGGCACGCGACCUGGGGGCGGGCGCCGUGUACGACCUGCGCAGCACCAAGUGGUGGGCGCUCAAGCUGGCCACCGACGCGGCGGUCACGGUGCUGCGGAUAGACCAGAUCAUCAUGGCCAAGAUGGCGGGCGGGCCCAAGCCGCGCGCCGGUGGGGCCAUGGACGACGAGGACUGA